CUGAAAACCUCAAUUACUCUCCUCGCUCUUGUCUGGUGAUUUUUUUUCUCAAUGAUAAUCUGGGGGCGAUGUGAUUAGCGCGAUCGAAACGCGCGUUGCGUUUAGGUUAUAAAAUGUUGGUGAAAGUUCUUGUUCGAUUUCCAUAUGCAGACAAGUAGAUAAGAAAGAAUCUGGAUACUGAAUUCAGAGAGAAAUAAGGUUCAGGUAUUUUUAGUAUCUCAAGGUUGCUCAUUCUGACUUUUUGCCGGCAACUGGCUUGCAUUGUAUUUAACAUAAAGCUGCGGAAUUAUCUAAAUAUAAUAUACAAUGCUAACGUACAUUUGUUUGCCGCGAACAAUAUAUUAUUGAUGAAAUAGUUGCGUUUAGAUAUGAUUAGGGGUUUGGUUCCUUGUCAUAGUACUGUCAAGAUUGCAUGCAGACACGCCCCAUAUAAACGUGUAAUCAGUAAAACAGAAACAUUAUUCAGUGCGAUUGUAUAUAUAAAGUCUUGUCAAUACAGUUCCAAAGUAUUUAAUAAAUUCAAAGAAUCUGUUAAAUCCAUUAAAGAUAACAUGGAUGUAUUCAAGUUCACCGACUAUGAUUGCAUUGGUUUCGACUUGGAUAACACGUUGCUGCGUUACAAUAUUACAAAUCUAGUGCAUAGGGAGUAUGAGACAUUGGCUAGAUUCUUGGUGGAUGAACGGAGAUACAGUGCAAAGCAUCUGUUAAAACCGUUGACAGAUGAUGAUUUGGAUUUUAUGCAAAAGGGAUUGUUGUUAGAUGCUGAAAGAGGAAACAUACUCAGAGUGAGCCCGGAUGGUGUUAUUCGCAGAGCGUGCCAUGGAUCACAUCUCUUAAGUACAGAUCAAAUAAAGGAAAUAUAUCCUGGACAAAAAUGGGAAGUAACAGACACUUUCUGUAAUGAUAUGCUGGCAACCUGGAAUGGUUCUUUGUCUGAGAAAAUGAGAAGUCUUCUUGAUUAUUUCGAUACUCCGACAAGUGUCGCGUUUGCACGGGCUGUAGAUACGCUUGACGAAGAAUAUGGAUCCUCUUUAAAUAAAUAUAAUGUUUGGCCUGAUAUAUUGGACGGAUUGAUAUAUAUGUUUUCUAAAGACAAUUUUCAUUCAAGCAAAGGGAUUACUGGUGACAUUAAGAAAAAUCCAGAAAAAUAUUUGCAUAAAUGUAGUCCAGAUACAAUUUCAUGGUUGAGAGAAGUAAAGAAAAAGUCCGCUACCUUUCUUCUUACUGGAUCAUACGUAGAUUUUGCAAGCUUUACCGCAAGUUAUGCCCUUGGAAAGGAUUGGCAAUCUCUUUUCGAUAUUGUAGUAUGUUAUGCAAGAAAGCCUGGUUUCUUUAUUAACAAUCGACCAUUUUUUACUGUUAUAAACAAUCAUGAAACUUGUUGUUGUGUUACGAGCAAAGAUUUAAAGCGAGGUGAAAUAUAUAGCCAAGGAAAUUGGAAAGAACUAUCAGAAUUUCUUGUUGGUGUAACAGGAAAAUCUGAUCAACGGUGUUUAUAUAUUGGCGAUAAUGUUAUACAAGACAUUUAUGUACCAAAUGUAUUUGCACAUUGUGAUACAUUAGCUGUAAUGGAGGAACAAAUGUCAGAAGGGAUGCUUUAUCAUGGGUUGACUCAUCCAGAUGAGAAUAUUUUGAAUUCAAAAUUUUGGGGAUCUUACUUUUGUUUGAAAGAUUCGACAGUUAAUGUCGAUUCUUUGUUUGGGCAUAUAAUAAAAAAACAUGCCAAACUCUGUAUACCAAAAAUCGAUUUGGUUACACAGAGACCAUUAGAAGAAUCUAUUCCUUGUUUUGAUAAAGAUGGAAAGUCUUACUAUGGAUAUUAUCCUGCCAUACCACUUAGUAUAUCAGCAAUAUACGGAUUAUACCAGCUAUCAAGGAACAAUUGAAGCAAUUAAGCGGUCCAUCAAAGGAAAUGAAGAAUACAAAAUAUACUUUUAAAAAGAAACGCAUUCAGCAAAGGCAACAGGAAGGCCUUGCAGCUGUAGAACAAAUUUUAGAGAAUAGGGCUGAAACAUAAAGUUAAUCCACAAAAUAAAUGAUAUUUGUGAUAAGAUUUGAUUUAGAGGAUUUAAAUUAUUAUGCGUCCUUGAAUUUGACUGCUAUUAAUCACGAUACAUGUUCAUAUACAUGAUUAAUUUGAUUAUAUAUUAUAUAAUUUAGGAUGCAGAUAUAAUCUGACUCUGGAUUUACUUUUUUUAUUGAAUAUAUUUUUAUAUUUCAAAUUAGCUACAAAGGUUAGCAUGGUAAUAUUUUAUACGAUUUACAAUGAUAUAUUUUUACAUUAUGUAUAAAAAUACUGUAAAAUAUAUAUUGUAAAAAUAUGCAACUUUAACACUGUUUCAUAAUAAAUGUCCUAUCAUUAUUCAACAUACAGCAUAAGAGAAAUGCUAUUAUUAUCAAGAGAAAUGCUUUAAUGAAAAUAUAAUAAAAUUUCGUAUAAGAUUUAUAUAU